AUGCCUCCUCCUCCGCACCCGCCACUACAGGUUCCCGACUCAUACAAAUCCCUUCCUCUCAAGCAAAUCAAAGUCUCCUAUGUGCCCGACUCGUCGCCUACUCCGACGCAAGUCCUGUUGAUCACCUUGAAUCGACCACAAAAGCACAAUGCCUUCACCGACCAGAUGCGGGAAGAUCUGGAGAGGGUUUACGAGCUCAUUGACAUCGAUCCCCGGGUCAAGGUGGUGGUCCUUACUGGCGCGGGACGAAGCUUCUGCGCCGGAGCUGACCUAGAAAUUGGUUUCUUGGGAUCAAAAGACGAGACUGGGCAGAUCAAGCAUCCCAAGACGGAGCGCGACGUGGACCACAGAGACGGUGGAGGUCGUACUUCUUUGGCCAUCCACCACUGCUCGAAACCCACCAUUGCUGCCAUCCAGGGUGCGGCUGUGGGCGUCGGUAUUACCAUGUGCUUGCCAGCUGCCAUUCGCGUGGCCUACGCCAAAGCCAAGGUCGGCUUCGUCUUUAGCAGAAGAGGCAUUAUCAUGGAGGCAUGCUCGUCAUACUUCCUGCCUCGCCUGAUCGGCCACUCUCGGGCGUUGCACUUGACGACGACGGGCGCAGUCUAUCCUGCGGAGUCUCCACUCUUUGGCACCCUGUUCUCUGAACUGCUACCCUCCCCUGAGGCUACCCUUGCUCGGGCCCUGGAGCUGGCGGACGAAGUUGCGAAGAACACCUCGACGGUCUCGACCAAGAUGAUGAGAGAGCUCAUGUACCGUGGACCUGACAGUGCUGAAGGCGCGCACCUUCUCGAUUCGAGAAUCAUUCAUGGUUUGUUUGGAAGCAAGGACAAUGUUGAAGGUGUGCAGAGCUUCCUGCAGAAGAGACAGGUGAACUUCACUGGGCAAGUCCCUCAGGAUGCUCCAGAUGGCUAUCCGUGGUGGAGCCCGAUCGACAUCGGUCAGAAAGCGGUGGACCCGCGGGGAAAGCCCAGGCUGUAG